AUGGUGGUGACCAAGAUGAGGGUGGCGUGCGGGUCUGGCCUGGAGAUCGUACCACCCGAGGAAUUCUCAAAAGUUGAAGAGAGGGCUCUGCCUUCUUCCCCCUGGUCCUGCACCUGCCCCUGCUAUGACAUCACUAACGUCUACUCCUGGUCUCCUGAGCAGCCCGCAUCUGCUUGUCUGACCAGCCUCAGCCACCGAGGGGUUGAGGGCCCCAGUUCCUGCCACCUACUGUCAUCUGCUCGUGUGCAUGGAGGGGAGAGGCCCAGCAGCCCCUCACUCUGGGCUUCACUAGAACUGGGGCAGAGGCAGAAGUGGGGCACCUCCUGCUGGCCCCCCACUUCUUCCCCUGGGCCCAGGCAUGGAGGUGCCUCUCAGGAUGGAGACCACACUGUGGGAGCUGGCAGUGCAGGAACAGCCAGAUCUCAGGUCCUGGUUCUACUCCUGGGUGUACCCAGAACCUCCACAUCUCUCUCCUCACAGAUCCAGGACCUGCCGGGUUGUGUUGGAAGCUUCCACCAUGAGAUUUCGAAGGUUCUACUGCUUCUGUAUGAAAAGAGAGCCCAAGAAGGGACAGGCGAGCAGGCACUGGCCUGUGAGAUCCUCAUUCUCCUGCCUCAGCUAAGAAACGCUCCACCCACCAAUCCCUCUCCCUCCUCCUGUGUCCCCUUCCUUCUCUACCUUUCCUGGGAGGAUGCUGCAAGUGUCGGGCCUGGCCCCCAGGCAGGCUCUCAGCAGCUGGGAACUCCCAUUGUGUAUGACAAAAACUUUGAGUGCCCACCGAGGGGAUUCCCGGCAGGAGGGAUCAGCCCCGCCUCUGGCAAGUGGAAUCUGGGCUGGGGGCCCACAGCAUCCAUGCCCCACCCCACCUGCCCAGCCAGGUCUGGCGGUGGCCCACUGGGCAGCUCCAUCCUGGGAAGAAGGUGGCUGUGCUCUCCUGAUCCACAAAGGCGUGUAGCCCUUUGGAGGUGAUUGAGGAUGGCGAUGACUAAUUGUGUCAGCAGUUGGUCUCAACUCGAGCCUUGUCCCGAUUAAAAUGGAAAUGCUUCCUGUGAUUUGCGGGCAGGAGCUGGAGUGGAGGGAGUGGGGACGUUUACGCAGAUUUGCAGGGAUCCUGCCCGAAAUGGAUCCGCGGAGUAAAAGCGAUUUAUCUCGGCGAGUCAGGGCCUGCAGCGUGAUUUAAUUAAGGCCAGAUCAGCCAUAGUCUUUGGCUCUCCCGUGCCCGGCAUCGCUGGGUGGCGGUGCUGAGCGGGCCCUCCUUCCCUCUCCUCCAGGACCAGGGAGGUCAGAACACACUCCUGGACUGUGAGGUUGCUCCCUCAGCUUGCCAGGCCCAUGUUUAGGACCUUGUGCCUGGACCGUAUCCCAGGCGCAGUGGGGAAGAGCAGGAUGCCUACAGUGUGGCCCUGGGGAGGGUCAAACACAUACAGUCACCUCUCUAGGGCUUCCCACAUGGGCACUCAUCACGCCUCACAGCACAGCCAGGUCAGCAGCUGCACGGAGGGUUUGUGAAGUCACACGGCCAGUAAAUGACAGAGUUGGGACCCACACCCCAGUCAGUGUGACCUGCGACACCGUGAUCCAGGGCUGAGGACGCAAGACUCAGAGUGUAGUCACCUUCUCAGGAAUGCCUGGGUGAGGACUGAGGGAGAAGAAUAUUCUUUGGGCCUCAGGUGGGCCUGGCUGUGGAUGCUUCGUCUCUGAGAUAGGUCCUAACUGGUAAUGAUGAUUGUUAGUAAUGGCAUCCGCCAGUUGCCGUCCCACUCCUGGCAGAUGCACACACAAAGACACGAAGGAGAGGAAAGGACACACCAAAGCCCGGGAGAGACGAAGGCAGGGCACAGUCGAUGGAGCCGGUCAGGAGACCCGCGUGGGUCAGCAGGCAUCUGCUCCGUGAACUGUAGUCCCGCCCGUGACAAAGGUAGUGGUCUCGCGUGGCCCUCCAGCCAUCCCGCCUCUCAGAGCGCAGCGCAGGACCAAGCAGAGCCUGGAGCAUCCCCACGCCUGCCAGGGGGGCUGCUGCCACCCCUCCUUCUCAGCGAAGGAGAGGGGAGAGGCCGGCACCCCUGGGCCUUGCCCGCCUUUGGUGUGCAGACCCAGCCACUCUGGGGCGCCGGGGGGCCAGAGGCAGAGGGCAUAAGCUCUGUGCAAACAUCCUGCCUUCUCCCCAGGAUAUUGUCUUUAAUAAAAGACCAUGGAAAUGUCA